GGGAAAGAGAAGACUUCAGUGAGUCAACACACCGAGCCAGUGUCCGUUUUACACGAUUGGGUUAUAGCUUAGCUUUGCUUAGCUUCUUUUAGAUCAAAACUUCAUUGAAACACCAUAUUAAUGAGUUAAAAAUCUUUACCGGAAAUGGGCAAACUUGUUCCCAAUCGCUCGUUUUUCCUUUUAUUUUUCCUUUUUCUUCACUUUCUCCUCUUCGAUUUCGCUCUCUCUGAGAUUUUCUUCGAAGAACGCUUCGAAGAUGGGUGGAAGAGCCGAUGGGUGCUGUCAGAUUGGAAAAGGAGUGAGGGAAAAGCCGGCACCUUUAAGCACACCGCCGGCAAGUGGUCUGGCGAUCCUGAUGAUAAGGGUAUUCAGACUUAUAAUGAUGCCAAACAUUAUGCCAUCUCUGCUAAGAUACCAGAGUUUAGCAACAAAAACAGAACUCUAGUGGUCCAGUAUUCUAUUAAAAUUGAACAAGACAUUGAAUGUGGUGGUGGUUACAUCAAGCUUCUCUCCGGUUAUGUAAACCAAAAGAAAUUUGGUGGCGACACUCCUUACAGUUUCAUGUUCGGACCAGAUAUUUGUGGCACACAGACCAAAAAGCUCCAUGUUAUACUAUCCUACCAGGGACAAAAUUAUCCUAUUAGAAAGGAUCUACAAUGUGAAACGGACAAGCUAACUCACUUUUACACAUUUAUUCUAAGGCCUGAUGCCUCUUAUAGCGUCUUAAUUGAUAACAGAGAGAGAGAAACAGGCAGCAUGUAUACUGAUUGGGAUAUCCUUCCUCCACGAAAAAUAAAGGAUGUUAAAGCCAAAAAGCCUGCAGAUUGGGAUGAUAGAGAAUACAUUGAGGACCCUAAUGAUGUCAAACCGGAGGGAUAUGAUAAAAUUCCAGCUCAGAUUCCAGAUCCAAAGGCAAAAGAGCCUGAUGACUGGGAUGAUGAAGAGGAUGGUAUUUGGAAACCACCUAAGAUCCCAAACCCAGCAUACAAAGGACCAUGGAAGCGUAAGAAAAUCAAGAACCCCAACUACAAGGGAAAGUGGAAGACUCCAUGGAUUGAUAACCCAGAGUUCGAAGAUGAUCCGGACCUCUAUGUGCUGAGACCAAUAAAAUAUGUGGGUAUUGAAGUCUGGCAGGUAAAGGCUGGUUCGGUUUUUGACAACAUAUUGAUUUGUGAUGACCCACAAUAUGCAAGAGAAGUUGUAGAAGAUAUAUGGGCCAGGAAUAGGGAGGCCGAAAAGGAAGCCUUUGAAGAAGCAGAGAAAGAACGAAGAGCCCGGGAAGAGGAGGAAGCCAAAAGAGCUAGAGAGGAAGGUGAAAAGCGGAGAAGAGAGAGGGACCACCGACAUAGAGACAGGAGGCACCGUAGAAGGCACGAUCCUCGUGAUUAUCUGGACGAUUACCAUGAUGAACUAUGAGGUUGUCCACCACAAUUUCGCGAGUUUUAGGAUCCCAUUUCGAUUACGAAAAAGAGAAAAAUCGAAGCAAGGUUCCAUGCUGUGAGAGUUGGGGUUACCGUGUACUGGUUGUUCUCAUUGUUGUCGUUGUUGUUGUAACAUCAGUGUUGUAAUAUGAACAUUGAAGCUGAAAACUGCUAACAUUCCAUGAUCCACCUCAUGUUUGUAUGCUAAUUUUGUUGAAUAAAUUGGAACUUUCAAUUA